AUGUUAAGGUUGGAUAAAAAUAAAAUUGAUGAAUAUAAUUUGUCUUAUAAUGGUCAAAAACUAGAAGGAGAUACAGAAUUAUAUAACUUCAAAUCAAUAAUUGAUACAAGUACACUAAUCGUGUUUGAUUUCAUUCCUAGUAAAAGUUGUUCAUCAAACGUCAAAGCUAAUGUAUCCGAUAUUAAUGCAUUUUUAUUAUUUAUAAGAUUAUUAAUUCAAUCAAUAGUGUUUGAUACAAAAUAUGAUGAAAGAUUCCAUUAUUAUUAUAAUCGUGAAUCUUUUAAUGGUGAAAAAUCUAUUAUAUUUCUAGUAACAAUAUUACCAUUAAUUGACGAUAAAUAUACUAAAAAUACCCUUCCCAUUCCAUUACAAAUUGAUGAUGAAGAAUGCAGUGAGCAUGCGUGUAAAUGUUUAUUAGUUGACAUAUUAACAGAACAGAUUAGAAUAAAUUUUAUUCUUCCCAAAAAGCUUGAAAUGUCUGUCUUACAAAACAUAUACAACGAUGAUAUUUCGCAGUUUUGUAAUAAAGUAAAAUCAAUCAAAUCAAAAUUAAUGUUCCAAAACUCCAAACUGUUGUACUCGACUGGCUACAUUAGUGGAUUGGUUUAUGCGUAA